UUACAUCGUAUUUUUUUCAGUCAAUUUCAAAUUAUUUCACGUUUUUUCUAUUUUUGUGUUGUGCUUUUCAUUUUUAAUAUGCUGUUUUACAAAAUGUUAUUGAGAAUUGUCAAAACUGGAGGAAAAUUUUUAAUUAUUUGACAAAAAUUGUUGAUGCAAUUAAAUGAAUAUAAUGAAUAGAGAAAGUUUUUGUCGUUAAUUUUCUAAUAGAAAAUUUCGUUGAAAACGAAAAAAAGAAAUUUGUGUGUUGUGUGGGGAAUUUAAACAAAAAAGAAAACUAUAUUCUAAAAUGACGAAAUUUUGCGAUAUUUGUCAAGUUUCGUUCCCUAAGGAACAUGCAUUAAAAGGACAUUUGUCGGGGAAAAAUCAUGUAAUGAAAAUGUUAACCGAACAGAUUGAGGAAAAUGUUGAACUCGAAGAAUUAUUGACAGCACUGGAGAAUUCGGACAAUUUCGAGAGUCAAUUAAAGACUUUUCUAAAGAUGGUUGCACCACUUGUUGAAAAUAAUCCCAACUACAAAAGAAUAUGUUCACGUUUGAAAAAGGCAUUGAGACAAUCGUUUCCAAUGUGUACAUUGCAACAAAUUGGUUCAACAUUAACUGGAUUGUGCUUGAAAAACGAUCACUUGAAAAUGUUUGUCAACAUAGGUGAAUCAAAUGAAAUGGAAAAUAAUGAAGUCGCUGAUUCGGUGAAUUUCAAAAAAUUCUUCACAACCGCAAAGAAUCUUGUUUAUCGAAAUACACAAUCUUACAGUGACGUUAAAUUAUUUUCAAAAGUUCCAAAAAUUAAGUUUGUCGAUAAAAAGACAGAUAUUUCUUGCGAAAUGCAUUUUAGCAAUGGUUUCAGUGUUCACAAUAGUCAUUUAAUAAAACAUUACUUAUCAAUGGAUCCUCGUCUCAAGCCAUUGAUGGUAAUUAUUAAAUACUGGUCGAGAAUUUGUACACUUUCAACAGAGUACAUUUACAUGGUUAAAUCAUCGGGAUUGUAUAUAACAACUUACGGCUUGGUAAUGUUACUUAUAUUUUAUUUACAACAACCGUCUGUUAAUUUGGUGCCGCCUUUAAUGAAAUUACAAGAAAUUGAGCCAAAUAUUAUUAACGGAUGGCAAGUGAAUUUUGACGAAAGUAUUAUAAAUCCGUCAGUGAAGAGAGAAUUAUCGAUUCCACAAUUGCUUUCUGGUUUUUUUCAAUUUUACGCUAAUUUUGAUUUUGAAAAUUUUGUCAUUUGUCCAAUUGACGGUUGUGCACAUCGAAAGGAGAAUUUUAAGAAUGUCGAUAAACUGCCAGAUUGUAUGGACAGGUAUAAGGAGUACAUUGAAAAUACUGAAGACGCUCUGCCAUUUGAUACUGAAAGUUCAUUAUGCAUUCAAGAUCCCAUUGAACUCAAUAGAAAUUGUUCCGAUAAUCUUUCGAAUCGAUUCGUUAAAUCUUUUCGAGAGCAUGCCUCUAUGGCGGCGCAAAUCUGUGAUAAAAGUCUGGAAAAAGACUCCUCUCAACUGCUUUUAAAUUUAUUUAAGAAAAGACCGAGAAAAAAUAAUAUUCCUGAUGAUAUAAGUGUCACCUUUGAAAAGUUAUCGUUGGAGACUAAAAAAAAGACAGCUAAACCAAAAGUUCGUAAAAUAAAAUACAAACGAUUGAGACGUAAUUUCGAAUUGAAUGCCACUUUUGAAAGUCAAUUGUCUCUAUUUUUAAAUGAAGUCACAUUAAUAGAAAAAGUGAUUAAAAAUUGCUAUGAACCAGUUUGUGAAAAAUUGAAUCAACUCUUUCGACAAUCAUUUCCAAUGUGUCAAAUACAUCAGUUAGGUUCAAUAGUAACUGGACUAUGCUUUAAAAAGUCCGAUUUGGAUAUAUAUUUAAACAUAGUUGAAAUAAGCAGUUCGUAUGAAAAGAAUACACUGCCGAGUGUAUUGACAUUUCGAAAAAUAUCCGCAAUUGCACUGAUGCAAUUACUUGAGAGCAGUAAUUCCUUUAGGAAAAUUACAUCAUUGCAAAAAGGAAAGAUGACGAUAAUAAAAUUUGCCGACAAGAAAGAGAAAAUCACUUGUAAUCUAUCAUUUAAAAACAGUUUAACAGUUCACAAUACAAUCUUGAUAAAACAUUAUUUAUCAUAUGACAAUUGUCUCAAGACAUUUAUAAUGAUAAUUAAAUUUUGGGCAAGACUUUGUGGUUUUAAAACGGGAAGGAUAACAAAUUAUUCAUUAAUAUGGUUGUGCAUAUUUUAUUUACAACAACCAAAUGUGAAUUUAGUGCCUUCUGUUAUAGAGUUGAAAAAUAAUUGUGAUCCCGAAAUUAUUGACGGAUGGCAAGUGAAUUUUGAAUGUAUUCAAUAUCCUUCAUUCCAGUACAAAAGCAUUCCUGAAUUGCUUCAUGGUUUUUUCGAUUUCUACGCAUUUUUUGACUUUGAGCAAUUGGUUAUUUGUCCAGUUGAUGGUUAUGCACAUCCAAAGGCGGCGUUUAAAAAUUUAAAUAUUCUACCCAAAAGUAUGGACAGGUAUGUAGAGUACAUGAAAAAUACAGAAAAUGCAAUUCCAUUGAAAGUGGAGACAACAUUUUGCCUUCAGGAUCCUACUGAACUAAAUGUGAAUUGCACCUUUAGUACUCCAGAUUAUUUUCUGAAUGUAUUCCGUAAGCAUGUGUCGAAUGCGGAAAAAGUUUGUCGCACAGCCCUCGAAAAUGAUUGUUCAGAUUUAUUGUUAAAUCUUUUUGAAACUGUGAUUUCAAUCACUAAAAAGGAAGCAAAGAAAAUUGGCAGAAUAAUAAAUCACAGUGAAAGCAGUGAAGAUUCUUCAAGUUGAUCAGAUAAUUUAUGAUGAUCGAUACAUCGGUAUGAUGAAAAUUCAAUUUUGCUAUUUUAAUAAUUAUUUUUAAUAUUUUCAUUUUUAUAAUCAAUAUACUUUAUAAUCUAUUUGAACUUUUUAUUAAAAUGUAUUUUCAUAUA